AUGUUACAUAAGCAGCUAAUCCUUGACGCGUGUAGCUACCUACUUCUUGUCCCCAUAAAGUUGCCUUUGCUGAUUUCUCCAGUGUUGGAAGCUCGCCUUGAACAAGCAGGUGUCUUGAAAAAGGUUGUUGAUGCAAUCAAAGAUCUCGUCCAAGAUUGUAAUUUCGAUUGCAAUGAUUCGGGAAUUGCCCUCCAGGCUAUGGACAACUCACACGUUGCGCUCGUUUCUAUGCUUCUCAAGUCUGAGGGAUUCAGCCCGUACCGUUUGGACCGAAAUGUCGCCCUGGGUGUCAAUCUCACAUCUCUUACAAAGGUCCUCCGCUGUGCCCAAAACGAGGACAUCUUGACUUUGAAGGCGGAAGAUGCCCCGGACACCUUGAGUCUUGUCUUUGAGAAUGCCGAAAACGAUCGUAUUAGCGAGUAUGAGAUCAAAUUGAUGGAUAUCGAUCAGGAACAUCUAGGAAUUCCCGAAACUGAGUAUGCAGCGGCAAUCUCAAUGCCGAGUGCUGAGUUUCAGAGAAUCUGCAGAGAUCUGAAUCAGUUGUCUGAGUCUGUCGCCAUUGAAGCUUCUAAGGAAGGUGUCAAAUUCUCCUGCAGUGGUGACAUCGGAAGCGGAUCUGUCACCCUUCGCCAGCACAAUAAUGUCGAUAGACCAGAACUAUCCACCAAAAUCGAGCUUACCGAGCCAGUUGCACUCACCUUCUCUCUGAAAUACCUUGUCAACUUCUGCAAAGCGAGUGCUUUAUCUUCCGUUGUUACUCUUUCACUCUCUAACGAGGUACCCCUAUUGGUUGAGUAUGCAAUGGGCAGUGGCUUCGUCCGGUUCUAUCUUGCCCCGAAGAUUGGGGAAGAGGAAUAAAUGGGCUAUCCGGUCCGAAGUAGUGGCAAUGCUAUUUCUAUGACCUGGUGAUUUGAACCCGGCCCGGAUCAUUCCCUUUCUUUGUGUACUUUUUAUGUCCAAAAUUCAACGACGAGUUUUCCAGAACAGCUUCCUCUUCUCUGUAAUUUAGUCCAUACUGUAACGGUUUGCCUUUUUUCGCAUUUAUCUCUUCCAUGUGGAGUUAGCUCUCUGUAGCGGAAUGCUAUUUAUUCCAUGCCAA